GACGGCGGAACCGAGCCUCACAUCCGAGGGAGCCACGCCACUGCCAGCUCUCAGUAUCUUGCCCGUCGCUCCUGCACCAUGAAAAUCCUGCUGUGUGACCUCCUGCUGCUCAGUCUCUUCUCCAGCGUGCUGGGCAGCUGCCAGAAGGACUGUCUGACCUGCAGAGAGAAGCUCCGCCCCGCUCUGGACAGCUUCAGCCUGGAGGUGUGUAUCCUCGAGUGUGAAGGAAAGUCCUUGUCCAGCCCUAUCUGGACCCCGUGCAGCAAGGUCAUGGUCAGGGGCUCCUCGCAGCUCAGCCCUGUGGACCCAGAGCACUUGGCAGCUGCUCUCUACCAGCCAAGAGCCUCUGAGAUGCAUCUGAAGCGAAUGCCCCGUGUCAGGCGCCUAUUCCAAGAGCAGAAAGAGACAGAGCCAGGCAUGGAUGAGGCUGGAGAGAAGGAGCAGAAGCAGCUGCAGAAGAGGUUUGGGGGCUUCACUGGGGCCCGGAAGUCGGCCCGGAAGUUGGCCAACCAGAAGCGGUUCAGUGAGUUUAUGAGGCAGUACCUGGUCCUGAGCAUGCAGUCCAGCCAGCGCCGGCGCACCCUGCACCAGAAUGGUAAUGUGUAG